GCCGAGGCGGGGUUAGUUAAAAAAUUGCUGCCGUACGCGAUGCGACUCAGGUUUCGUUAGGGACGGGAGAGGGGCGGAUCAAGUAAAUCUCUGAAUAGCUCACCCUUGGACAAAAGGAGAAGAGACACAGGCCACAUCACCAGGUAGCAGCCAAGUCCUCGGGGUUAGCUACUGUGCCGUUCUAUGGUAAACUCCGGCAGCGUCUAAUAAGUCCGCAUACAAGUUGGCCGUUGAUCGAGAUAUAAAGGCUUAGGAAAAGCCAAUUUCAGGUCCACGACUUGCGAUUGGAACAUUGCAAUUCAACAGUCGUAUAAAUAACAACAUCUCUUACAGUCGGCUAAUUUGAUCCCCAUAAAGAAGAGAUUUCUCCUAUUCCCAGCAACAUGGUCAAGUUUCUCGACAAGGAGGUUGGUCCCAUUGGAUUUGGCCUUAUGGGCCUUACUUGGCGCGCCAAUCCUCCUCCAUUGGAGCAGGCUCUUGCCACAAUGAAGGCCGCCGUCGAGAAUGGCCUCACCAUGUGGAAUGGCGGCGAGUUCUAUGGAACUCCCGAGUACAACUCCAUGACCAUCAUCAAGCACUACUUCACAAAAUAUCCUGAAGAUGCCGACAAAGUCUUUCUGGCAAUGAAGGGGGGUGUAAAACUGGAGACGCUCCAGCCUGACGGAUCACCCGAAAACAUACGCCGGUCACUGGAUAAUAUCUUGGCCCAGCUGGAGGGCAAGAAGAAGGUGGAUGCUUUCUGCUGUGCCAGGCGAGAUGCAAACUACCCUCUAGAUAUUACCUUUGGAGUGAUCCAAAGGGAGUACAUCGAUACCGGAAAGAUUGGCGCCAUUAUGCUCUCAGAGUGUGGCGUCAACACGAUCCAGGAAGCUGUCAAGGUGGCCAAGAUUGUUGCCGCCGAAGUCGAGCUUAGCCUGUUUACACCAGAUAUUCUCAAGAACGGAAUUGCAGCUGCUUGCAAGGAGCAUGAUAUCCCCAUCAUUGCAUAUUCCCCCAUUGGAAAGGGAAUGCUCACUGGCGAAUUCAAGAACCUGGAGGACGUUAAGAAGCUGGGAAUUAUUGCCCACUUCCCGCGGUUCCAGGGGGAGGUUUUCGAGCACAACCUCAAGCUUGUCCACCAAGUUGAAGCAAUUGCCAGUAAUAAAGCUUGCACACCUGCUCAGCUAGCCAUCAACUGGGUAAGGAACAUGAGCACCGAUCCAGAGCUGCCUCUCGUUAUCCCAAUUCCCGGCGCCACCACGAUCGCGAGAGUAGAGGAGAAUGCAAAGGUGAUUGAUCUCACCGAGGAAGACAUGGAAAGCCUUACUGGCCUUGCAAAGAAUUUUGAGACGGCUGGUGCCCGAUACCCUUCUCACGUACCAACUAAUACCUAAGCGGUGUGCGUUGUCUGAAUGUGUCAUACAUGCAGCGUUAUAAUAUGAAUGAAACUUCAAGUUGUUAUCUCAAAACUAUGCUUGAUUGUAGCUGGGAAUGGUUGUGAUAUUAUGAAACCAGAGAGCAUGUAGCAAUCUAACAAUCCCGUGAGCGAUAGCAUCCUGUGCUAGAUAUAUUUAUGUAUGAAUCCUCGAACUUGAGGAGGGCUUACACAAAACAAUUGUAAUCCUC